GCGAGCGUGCGAGGGAGGGGGCGCGAGCGUGCGAGGGGGCCCCGCGCGCGCACACCCGCCGCCACUUCAGUCCCGAGGCGGCGACGGGACGGGAGCGAGAGCCCGGCCUCCCCGACAAGGAUGGCGGGGCUGGUGCUGCUGGCGCUGGCGCUGGGCGCGGCGGCGCUGCCCUUCGAGCAACGCGGCUUCUGGGACUUCGCGCUGGACGAGGGCGGCGGCGGCGGCGGGCGGGCGGCGCGGCAGGCGCCCGGCGAGCAGGAGGCGGCGGCGGCGGGCGACGACAGCGGCGACGGCGACGAGGCCUCGGGCGCCUUCCCCACGUCGGGCGCCCCCGACGCCGAGGCCGAGCCGCCCCCCUACGGCGGCCUCUGCCCCUUCGGCUGCCACUGCCACCUGCGCGUGGUGCAGUGCUCCGACCUGG